AAUUUCAGAAGUAGAUAUUGGAAAAGAAGGACAGAGAAAGUAAAUUCGGAUACCAAGGAAAAACUCAAUCUUUGCAGGAGGAAAGAAGCCAGAGGAAGAAAGUCUCUGCUUAUGAGCACCAAGGCAAACCCAGAAAACUCUUCAAUCGGCCAUGGAUCGACUCCUGUACGAAAUAGCUGUCAGGACACAACACAAAGCAAAGAGUCUCGAGUUCGAAGCGAAAAAUCUUAGUGAGACAGUUGAAAGUUUACGGGAUGAGAACAGAGCACUCAAACGACUCCAGAGAUCACAAAAGAGGAAAAUUCAUGAAAGGCAUGAUUUUGUAGAUAUGGCAAAUCUGUCACUGAAAGGUUUUCGCAAGGACGUCAGAUUCAGUGAAGAGAAUUGUGUUGAUGCCCAGGCCAACACAAGGCGAGUAACAAGUCAAUAUGCUAUUUAUGAGUUGCCUUUGCUCCUUGUUUCAAAGAAGAAAAACAAGAAAGUGAUGCAACUUGAGAAAGAAAGCAAAAAACUCGAAGAGUUAGUAAAACUUGAUUCGAAACUUCCAAGCGUAGAGGAAUUGGAACUGAAAAUAGAAAAAGCCAGCAGGGAACUUGAAAAGAAAGAUGAAAAACUUGAGGAUCUACAAACAAAACUCGAAGCCCAAGACCGUAAAAUAAAUCAAGAACAACAAAAAGAGAAAAAACGCCUUGUAAAUCUACAACAAGAGAUAGAAGAGACUGCCAAAGAGUGUCACGAUCUAACGACAAGAAUCAAGGUGGUAGAAAGGAAAAUUCACAAGACAAAUAUCUACAGCCGCAAGCGCGGUCCUGUUACACAGGGCCUCCCGGCCAUUUCUUGGUAUCCCCCGUCGGACGAACAGUCACCGACAAAUAAAGUUCAAAAAUGGCUCAAUAAACACUCUGAAAACUCAAUGUGAAACAAAUGAACUGUUCUUGAUUCUCUUUACGUCCUUCUUCUAUGUGUGUAUGUCGGGAAAUUUCGAAGAGAAAGCUUUCGCUGAAAAUAAAAAUACAAACUUGCUACAAAACUAAACAUGACGUAUCAUAUUUGGAGGAGCGCUGGACUACGAACCAAGCAGUCUGGGCUGGAUCACUGUGUUGUGUCCGUGGGUGAGGUGACUAAGACACUUAACUCUCAAAGAGCCUUUCUCCACCAAAGUGUAUAUGUGGUAAAAAACCUAUUCCUUUUGAAACUGGACAUAGACUCGACCGCAGACUUUUCCCAUCAAAUUGCUUGAGUUUUUAACUUGAGUUUUUAACUGAGUAAGAAAUUAAGUUUGGCGAUGGUUUACCAAUGAAACUUUGCGAACCAUGUACAGAAAGGUGAAGAAUAUUAAAGAAUUCCGUUCUUUGUUGCUGGCAUCACUUUCUUCUCAAGAAUUGUCGAUUGUAGGGUCCUGUGUGAAAAGAGUUUGUGGCUCGCAACAGGUUGGAGAACCACCAUCUUAUGGUGAGGCGAAAAAGAGUGAACCGCGUAAGUGUCAAAAGUGGUCGGAUGUGUCUUUUCGUUGAGCUAGGGAGAUCAACUUUACGACUAAAAUCUCCCUCAGUUUAGACCUAGUGCUCCCUAGAAUAACACGACUGUACUACAUCGCCUUCCACAAUUUUAAAAAGUUGGAACCGUUUACAAAUGAGGGCUGAGGGUCAGUGUUUCAGAAAAUAUGUCUAAAAUAUACUUCUUUAUUGCCCUUGAAGGUGAACGGUGUGUAAAUGGUUUUGUUUCCUGGCGAAUAAUUUGUAGCAUAGUUUUCUUGCUUUGGCAUCAAUGGAAGGCCAAUAAGUGAUUUCAACGUUUCUUUGCUGACUCCAAUCUCCAAACGGAGAAGAGGAGCUGAUGAUGACUACCCCGACGACGACGACGACGACGAUGAUGAUGAUGGUGGUGGUGGUGGUGGUGAUGAUGAUGAUGAUUGUGUUGCUAGCAGUGACAAGCUGUCACUUUAUUAGCUAUCACCAGGAGCCAUAAUCAGGGACGGAGACCGUAAGUCUUGGGAUCCGCGCGCACCUAUGAU